UAUUAGAAUCAAUAAUAGAAGAGCUUAUCGCAUGUUUGCUUCACGCAAACAACUAAAUUUGAGAGAGAAAGAGAAAAGAGAGAGAGAGAGAGAUCGUUUAUAGCUUUGUCGUCGCGUGGCUUUAAAGACUUUCUUCUAUAUAUGAUGUCUUAUUUACGAAACCCUAAUUCUCCUAUUUUCUCAAUCCUCCUCUCUUCUUCUACAACACCAAAUAUAAAAUCCAUAUUGUUUUCUCAGCAAAAUCAAAAACUCGUUAAACGCAGGGACGUCAUGAGCGGCGGUGGAAACACAGUCACCGCCAUGGGAGGUGGUGGUUGUGGUGGAGGAAGUGGGGGUGGUGGGCCAUGUGGUGCUUGUAAGUUUUUGAGGAGAAAGUGUGUUCCGGGUUGUAUAUUCGCACCGUACUUCGACUCUGAGCAAGGCUCAGCUUAUUUUGCGGCGGUGCAUAAGGUUUUCGGAGCCAGCAACGUCUCAAAACUUCUAUUACACAUACCGGUUCAUCGACGGUCCGACGCAGUUGUAACCAUUUGCUAUGAAGCUCAGGCUCGGAUAAGGGACCCUAUCUAUGGUUGCGUCGCUCACAUCUUUGCUCUUCAGCAACAGGUGGUGAAUCUACAGGCAGAAGUCUCCUACAUACAAGCCCAUUUGGCCUCCCUAGAGCUACCUCAACCGCAAACGCGACCACCACCACCACCUCCACAACACCACCAAUCACAACCGCUCUUCUUCAGUACUCCUCCACCACUUUCCAUAACAGAUUUACCUCCAUCAGUCUCACCACUACCUUCAACAUAUGACUUAGCUUCUGCCUUCAAUCAAGCAGCGUCUCCUUCGUCAUGGGCAACACAACAACGAAGAUUCGGUGAUCCACGUCACCAAUACGGGGGAUCAUUGUCAACUUCUUCCGCAACCGUAGGGCUCGGUGGUGGAAACAGUGACCUUGAAGCAUUAGCACAUGAGCUCCUACAUAGACAAGGAUCUCCUCCGCCAGCAGCUACAGAUGACUCGCCGUCUCGGUCUAUGUCUAGAUGAGUUUGGCUUUAAUAGAUAUAUCUCCCUUCUUUGUUAGCAAAAUUAAAUUACUACUCAAUAAGUUUUAGUUUUCUCAGAGUAUCAUAGGACUUUUCUAACAUUCACCUAUAGUAUUGUGUUUUCCCUUAUUCUUUUGCUGUACUUUUUUCACCUAUAAUGCGAAUAU